UGGCAGUGGUGCUGCAGUGAGGGCUGAUGCCUGCAGUCUUGUCGUGUUUGUGGUGGUAGCAUCAGACGCUGGCAGGAAGAAAAGCUAUUUUUUUCAAGCAAACGGCUUCCAUUAACCCCUUUUAAGAAUGACUGAGCUUCUGUUCUGCUUCAGUUGCUGCAUUGGAGAGCAGCCACAGCCGAGGCGCAGGCGGAUUGAUAGAAGUAUGAUUGGAGAGCCAAUGAAUUUCGUACAUACUGCUCAUGUAGGAUCAGGAGAUUCCAAUGCAGGGUUUGCAAUGGCUGGAUCAUUUCAGGAUCAGAUGAAAUCAAAAGGUGGUUAUACUCCAGAGAUUUCAGAUGUGGCACUGUAGCAUUUAGCAGACUUGUCUGGAAGAGUGUUUUGCACAUUGCACAGAGAUUCCUCACUGAAAACUCCCCUCAAGAAUAAGAGAACGAGAUGAAAGUCAUCAAGUCUUCUUGGAAAUCAUUUUUGAGCAACAUACUACUGAUAUAGAUUUUUUACAGAAAGAUUAGAAUGGCUUAUUAAAAAAAAAUACUCCCCUCAUUGAUCGCACACCGCUCCCAUCCUGGUGCUCCCCUGUUUUCCUGGUUCCCCUCAACACCGAUUUUCCCCCAUCCCCAACCAGUUAUUGACCGACUGGUCACAUUUCCUUUUCAAGAGGUAGCAAAAAAUAGAGAUUGGUGGGGGAUGCAGGAAAUGUUGGAAUGUGAGCUGCCUAUUCUUAAAUCAUUCUGACCCUAUUAAAGAGAAUCUGUCUCUGCACACCCCCCCCCCCCCAUCUACAGUAAGCUGUGUAUAGUGUAAGUGACAGAGUCCAAUUAUGUAAUAUUUUUUUUUUUAAUACAUGGUUUUUAUCUUCAUACUCUUUUGCAUUCCAACACUGUGCUCUGACAAACCAGCAGAAAAAUGCAUUGAGCGGACUCCUGUCCCUUAUGUUUGUGAGCUCAGGAGUCCCCUCAAUGCAUUUUACUCCUGGUUCGUUGGAACACUGCAUCAGAAUACAAGCAAGUAUGAAGAUAAAAAUUACAUAAUCUGACUCCUCACCAUUUACACCCCUCUCUGGUUUGGUCAUCAAUAUUGGGUAGGCCGGUGGGUCAUCAAUAUUAAGUCACUGCACACCCCUUUAAUAUAUACAUUUGUUUGCUUAGUGCAGAAUGGUAUUACUACUGGCUUUCUGCAUAUGUGCUGUCCUUAUUCCCCUGUGGAAAGACAAGUCGGGACCUUUCUGGUGGCUUAGUGGCCUCGAUCUUUUUUUGACCAUAGCAUGGUAUUAGAGAGACAUGAUGGGUCAAACUAAUCCUCAGGAUGUGUUCAUGUCAGGAGGGAGUUGUGCAUUGCACCAUGUAAAGUAAUUCUUUCACAAUUUUUCCUUUAGCUCUUUUUUUUUUUUUUUUUUUUUACACAAUUUUAUUUUUCUACAGGAAACUGUUCACACAAAUCUCUAAGGUAAAGAGUUAAUUUAAACAGUGUGUUCUUAGAUGUUGCUCUUGCGCUUCUCUAUACCAAGUUUUACAGUCUGUAGCAUGCGCUUCACUUGGUUUUUGUUGAAUCCUGAAUGUAUUUUUAUGUACACUGUGUGUGCAUUAAUCGACAGUCUACAUUGACUGCUAAUGCAAUUAAUAGAAAAUAAAAAGUAUUUUAUUAAAUUGG